AUGAGUUCUUGGAAAUGGCUUCCUAAUUUUAUUUUCUUUAUCUCUCUGAUAAACCUUGUUGCUAUUGUCAAAUCCCAGUUCCCAACUGAAAUUUUUAUUCAUUAUAAAUGUCCAGACAAUGGUAGAAGGUACACAAGAAAUAGCACCUACGAAAGAAACCUUAAUACUUCCCUCUCCUCCGUUCCGCCAAAUAUUGACACCAAUGGAUUCUACAACGCCUCUACCGGAGAAACUCCUGAUAGAGUCAACGUCAUUGCGCUCUGUAGAGCUGAUCUUCAGCCUUCUCAGUGUCGUGAUUAUGUGGAAAAUGCUACGGCCGAAAUCUUAAAGAAGUGUCCAAAUAAAAAACAGGCAAUCUUAUGGCACGAAUUUUGUAUGGUACGAUAUUCCGACGAGGCUAUCUUUGGAACUCUUGCAAAUUCCCCUAUGGAUUGGGGUAAUAGUGGGGAAAAUGUCACAAAUACAGACGUUUUUUACUGGGAGCUGAAUGUAUUGUUGAACAGCCUUCACGACCAUGCCGCUUCUAAUAGCUCGCCGAAGAAGUUUGCUGCUGCCACUCGGGAUGUGAAUGAUCCGAAAUAUCCGAGAAUUUCUGCAUUUGAACAGUGCACACCUGAUAUAACCUCGGAGGAAUGUCGUGAUUGCUUAAACGAGUCUGCCCAACACAUUCGAAAAUGCUGUGAUGGUGCACGAGGAGUUAGAAUCCUUAGUCCUAGUUGCUAUCUUCGUUUCGAAACUGAUCCGGAUCCAUUCUACAACGAAUCGAUGGUUGAACCGGUAUAUCAGCCACCAACGCCACCAAUGCCACCGCCAGCGUCACCGCAGCCGCCGGGAAACGGGAAAAAUACUUCUCGAACUAUCAUUAUUAUCAUCGUUCCAAUUGCUGUGUGUCUAAUACUUGCACUUUGCAUUGGCAUCUACUUAAAAACCAAAAAAAUGCGUACACCAAGGGAAAAUGUUGACCUUGACGGGGAGAUCAGUACUGUUGAAUCCCUACAAUAUGACUUUAGUACGAUAAGAGCUGCAACAGACAAUUUCUCUGAUGCUAACAAGUUGGGGCAAGGUGGAUUUGGAGUUGUUUACAAGGGAAAACUCCCAAAAGGAAACGAAAUUGCAGUAAAAAGGUUGUCCCAUGGUUCAGGGCAAGAUGGAGAGAUGAACCCCAAAAUUUCAGAUUUUGGCAUGGCGAGAUUGUUUGUCCCGAACGAAACUCAGCACAGCACUAGCAGAAUAGUUGGAACAUUUGGAUACAUGGCACCUGAGUAUGUAAUACAUGGACACUUCUCUAUUAAAUCAGAUGUCUAUAGCUUUGGUGUCCUAAUUUUGGAAAUCAUAACUGGUCAGAAAGCUUAUAAUUUUCAGAAUGGGGAGAGUAUGGACGACCUCAUAAGUUUUGUUUGGAAAAAUUGGCACCAAGGAAUGGUUGCAAAUAUAAUAGAUCCUGCAUUGAGGACUUCUUCAGGAUCCAUGCGUGAUAUUGCGAGAUGUAUUCACAUCGGUUUGUUAUGUGUUCAAGAAAAUGCAGCUGAUAGACCUACAAUGGGAUCGGUGGUUCUCAUGCUCUCUAGUUUUUCCUUGACUCUACGGGUACCUUCACAACCUGCAUUUUUCAUGUCAGGUAGCUUUCGUCCGGAUAAUUCAUCCAAAGAUCAAUCAGAUAACACUACUCAUUUAUCAACAAAUGAGGCCUCGAUGAGUGAGUUAUAUCCGCGGUAA